AUGAAAUAUGGCUCGAUUCAUGAAGGAAACCCUGCGACAAACACGAAUGAUGAAUGUAAGCUCCUAAAUGCCAUCUACACUGAGCUCUACAUAGUGAAGGGAGGAACAGGAGGAGUUUGUAAUGAACAUGAGGUGAUACAGGCUGAAGCAGCAUCCAGGAGACAUGACGAAGAGGAAAUUCCAGUCAAGAUCUCUGACAUCUUUAAAAAUGGACCUGAUCAACAAAAUCACAUCAAAAAAGUUUUGACACUUGGGAUUGCCGGUGUGGGAAAAACCGUCUCAGUGCAUAAGUUUAUUCUAGACUGGGUUGAGGGUGGAAGCAACCAGGAUAUAGACUUUAUUUUCCCUAUUCCGUUCCGCAGUUUGAACUUGAUGACAAAAAGAGACUGUAGUCUGAUGGAACUGCUUCACCGAUGUUUCCCAGACACAGCCUGUAUGAAAUCCCUCCCGUUAGAGAAGAGGAGAGUCAUGUUCAUCUUCGAUGGCCUCGACGAAAGCCGGCUUCCUUUGAACUUCUCAGAAAAUGAAAUAGUGAGUGACAUUAUGGAAGAAACCUCAGUGGAUCUUCUGAUCACAAACCUUAUUAAGGGGGAAAUGCUUUCUUCAGCUCUCAUUUGGAUAACCUCCAGACCUGCAGCAAUGGACCAGAUCCCUCGUGAAUACAUCCAGCAGGUAACAGAGGUGAGAGGGUUCACAGACAUACAAAAGGAGGAAUACUUCAGGAAAAGAAUCAGCGAUCAGGACCAAGCCAAAAGUAUCAUCUCGCAUAUUAAGAAAUCAAGAAGUCUUCACAUCCUGUGUCACAUACCGGUCUUCUGUUGGAUCUCAGCCACUGUGCUCAAAAAGAUGUUGGGUGAAUAUGACAAUGGAGAUAUACCCAAAACUUUAACUGAAAUGUACAUACGUUUUCUACUCUUUCAAUCAAAAAUGAUGGAAAAGAAAUAUAAAGAGGCAGAAUCAGGGAUACUGAAGCUUGCUGAACUUGCAUUUCAUCAGCUGGAAAAGGGGAACCUGCUGUUUUAUGAGGAGGACCUCAGUGAGUGUGGCAUUGAUGUCAGACAAGCUUCAGUCUAUUCGGGAUUUUGCACACAGAUCUUUAAAGAGGAGGAGGAAGUUUUCAGCUUUGUGCAUCUGAGUGUUCAAGAAUGUCUUGCUGCAGUUCAUGUGUUCCUCUUAUUCCUUGAAAGCAAGAGUAAUCCACUGCUUCACAGUUCAGCAGAGAAACUGCAAUGGCUGUUGAGGCACAACAUGUGUGACCUCCACAAGACUGCAGUGAAAAGAGCGUUACAGAGUAAGACUGGUCACCUGGACCUUUUCCUCCGCUUCCUCCUUGGCCUUUCACUGGAGUCUAAUCAGAGGAACCUUAAGAAACUGCUACCACACGUGAAGAUCAGACCAGAGAGUGUGAAGGAAACAGUAGAGUACAUCAAGAGGAAACUCAAUGAGGAUAUCUCAUCAGAGAGGAGCAUCAAUCUUCUCUAUUGUCUGAGUGAGCUGAAAGAUGACUCACUCUUGUCAGAAAUCCAGAAUAAUUUGAGCUCAGGAUGUCUUUCAUCAGAGAAACUCUCAUCUGCCCAGUGGUCAGCUCUGGUGUUUGUUCUGCUGAUGUCAGAGGAGACUCAGGAAAAAUUUGAACUUAAGAAAUACAGAGGAUCAGAAGAAGGUCUGAAGAGAUUGUUACCCAUAGUGAAAAACACCAGGCGGGCUUUACUUGCUGCCUGUAAACUAUCUAAGAAUUCAUGUGAAACUAUAGCCACUUUUCUGCAACGAGAAAAUUCACUUCUGAAAGAGUUGGACCUGGGAAACAAUGGUCUUGGGGACUCAGGAGUGAAGCUGCUGUCUGAUGGUCUGGAAAAUUCACACUGUAAACUGGAGACACUGCAAUUGGCUAACUGUAAACUCUCCAAGCACUCAUGUGAGACUUUAGCUUCAGUUCUACAGUCACCAAACUGCACCCUGAGAGAACUGGACCUGAGUAACAACAACCUCCAGGAUCCAGGAGUGAAGCUGCUCUCUGCUGGGCUGGGGAAUCCACACUGUAAACUGGAGACACUAAAACUUCCUGGUUGUAAACUCACUGAACAGGCCUGUGAAGCUGUAGCCUCAGUUCUACAGUCAGUAAACUGUCCCCUGAGAGAACUGGACCUGAGUAACAAUGACCUUCAGGAUUCAGGAGUGAAGUCGCUCUGUGUGGGACUGAAGAAACCACACUGUAAACUGGAGAUACUGAGACUUGCCCUUGGUAAUCUCUCUGAACAGUCCUGUGAAGCUGUAGCCUCAGUUCUACAGUCAGUAAACUGUCCCCUGAGAGAACUGGACCUGAGUAACAAUGACCUUCAGGAUUCAGGAGUGAAGCUGCUCUGUAUGGGUCUGGGGAAUCCACACUGUAAAUUGGAGAUACUGAGGCUGUCUGGCUGUUUAGUGACAGAGGAAGGCUGUUCUUCUCUGGCCUCUGCUCUGAUUGCAAACCCCUCACACCUGAGAGAGCUGGAUCUGAGCUACAAUCACCCCGGAGACUCAGGAAUGAAGCUGCUCUCUGCUAGACUGGAGGAUCCACACUGUCAGCUGGACACACUCAGUGUGGACUACGGGGGAGAGUUCAGAAUCAAACGAGGGUUACGUAAAUAUGUGUGUGAACUAACUUUGGACCCAGACACAGCAAACAGGCGUCUCUGUCUGUCUGAGGGGGACAGAAAGAUGACAUUAAUGCCCGAGGAACAGCUGUAUCCUGAUCACCCAGAGAGGUUUGACAGCAAACUGUGCUAUCAGGCUCUGUGUAGAGAGAGCCUGACUGGGCGCUGUUACUGGGAGACUGAGUGGAGUGGAUAUGCUGCAAUAGGACUGACAUACAAAGGAAUCAGAAGGAAAGAAGAGGGUCGUGCCUGCAAGCUUGGACUCAAUGAGAACUCCUGGAGUCUGCACUGCUCUGAUACCAGCUACACCGCCUGGUACCAUAACCAGGACACUGACAUACCAGACCCAUCAAGUUCCCGCAGAGUGGGAGUGUAUCUGGACUGGCGGGCAGGCACUCUGUCCUUCUACAGCGUCUCCUCUGACACACACACACUCACACACUUACACACAUUCCACUCCAUGUUCACUGAGCCCCUCUAUCCAGGGAUCUUCAUCCUCAUCCUCAUCAUCAGUCUCAACGCCAUUUAG